AUGAGUGAGAAAAGAGAAUUGAAUGACGUUGUUAAUGGCUCUGACCAAACUCAAAAAAGAAGAAAAGUAGAUGAAAUAAGUGAAGAUGGUCCAUUAACACAAGAAGAUGUGGUUUAUUUCCAAAAGGAGGCCAUCUUUAGACAGAUGAAUCUCUAUAGAAGUAAAGUCAAUCAAGUUCAUAAGCAGAUGCAAACACUUGAUGAACAAAAUAAAUCUACAAAUUCCAAACUUCUGGUUUUGAGUAACUGGAUUGAUCAAUUCAUAGAGUUCAUCACAUCUGUGGUACCUUUAAAGGAGCUAGAGUCCAAAAGCGAGUACAAGAUUUUGUUCACAGAUUCUCCUAAUGAUAUAAAGGACAAUGAAUUUAUAGAAUCGUUAAAUCAAAAGAAGACUCAAUUAUCAGAUCUAAUAAAUAAAAUAAUACAAAACAGUGGUGCUAUUCCUGAUGAGAUUAAGGAAAACUUAAAUACAAUCAACAGUAAAUAUCAUGAUUUGAAAAUUAAAAAUCAAAAAAUAACAAAUGAGUAUUCGUUAUUGAAAAAGAAUUUUGAUAAUUUAACCAUUGAUUUUCAAAAUUUAGUCAAGACUUCAGAUAGAUUAAACAGCAUAACUUUGAAAAGAGCAAAUGGCACGAAGAGUGAAGACGUCAGCCGUGCAGAUACACCAAAAGCAGAACAACUUGAAAUUUCAAUACCCAAAGAUCAAGCCGAGUCACAACUCAAUAGCAACGGUAUCAACAAUACUGUAAACAGUGAUGAGGUGGAAUAUUUAAAGAAACAAGUUGAUGAGUUUAAAGCUACAAUUGAAGCACAACAAAAAAAUAUCGAUGAAAACUUAGAAUUGAACAAAUCUCUAAAUUCUAAACUUGUGGAAGCUACUACUAAAAAUCAAACAUCAAUAGAAAGUCAAUCAACCGUUGACGUAGCCAAAUUUGAAGAUUUAACUAAUGAACAUAAAGAUUUAAAUAUAAAAUACAAAGAAAUCAUUCAAAAACAUGACUCAUUAUUAGAAAGAUAUAAUGCUUUAGAAUCAGAAAAGUCGAGUGAUAACGAUUUAUUAAACUCAAAAUUUGAAGUUGAAAAACAAUCAUUAGAAUCAAACUUCGGUAAAUUAGAAUUUGAUUUGAUUCGUAUUAGAACAGCAAGAGAUGAACUAUUAUCUAAAAUUAGUGUUUUAGAGGCCGAGAAGAGUGGAUUAGAAGUUACAAAACAAUUGCAAGCUUUGAUUGAAGCACAAAAGGAACAAAUAGAAACGAUUUCACUUGAAAAGAAAUUAGAAGAUAAGAUUGGAGGUAGUGAUAUAAAUGAUGUUGAAACUUUAAAGAAGAAUAACACAAUUUUAACAAAUGAGUUGAAAGAGUUCGAAAAAGCAUUCAAAAACCUUCAAAAUACCAAUAUAAAAAAAUUGAAUUCAUCAGUUGACUCAGAAACUGUUAUCAAUAAGUUAAAAAUUGAAAAAACUAAAGCUGAUCAAAAAUAUUUUGCAGCAAUGAGAUCAAAAGAUUCUAUACUACAAGAAAAUAAAACUUUAAAGGCACAAAAUGGUAAAUUGAACGAAUUGAUUCAAAAUUUAAAAGAUUCAGAAGCCUUAUCGACUUCAAGAUUUGAAAAUUUGGAUAAACAAUUAAAGAAUUUGAAGAAAGUUGAAUUUUUUAGAGGUCAUGAAGUUGAUAGAUAUGUUCAACAAAUUAGUGAAUUAGAAAAAAAUUACAAAUUUGAAUUAAAUCGUAAUAAAGAAAUCCAAACAUUGUUAGAUGAUUUUAAGGGUAAAAAUGAUGAACUAUUAAAAUUGAAAUCUGAAUAUUCAAUUAAAGUUUCAAAAUUAGAAUCCAAUGUCAAAACCCAAGACAAAUUGAUCAAUAGAUUCAAAUCAACAGGUGUUUUAGAAGAUCAAAACGAGGCUGAUAGUUUUAGAUCAUUGAUCUAUUGUUCAUUAUGUUCUAAAAAUUGGAAAAACACAGCUAUCAAAGUAUGUGGACAUGUUUUCUGUGAAGAAUGUGCAAAAGAAAGAAUUGCUGCUAGAAUGAGAAAAUGUCCUUCGUGUAAUAAACAGUUCAGUACCAAUGAUUUAUUGACUAUUCAUUUAUAA